AAAGAAAAAAAAAAAAGCGCAUUUGUAUCUGUAUGCGUGCAAGUGUAAGUCUGUAAGAGAAAAGCGAGAAAAAACUUUUACUUUUUAAUGCUCUCUUUCUCUCUCCCAUCUGUUGAAGAUCUCUGAUUUUAUGUUUUGUUUUUCUGAAAAAUCGUGCACCUUUUUUUCUCUUUCUCUUUCACACAAUCACACACCUCGAGCUUCAAUUACAAAGAUUCAUGCUUGAUUUUUGUUUUUCAGUUUUUUUGGAUUUUUGAUAUGAACUUUUGCUUUAGCUAUUUCUAAUUUUCAUUUUUUUGGGUAAAGAUUCUUGUUUUGAGGUUUUUGUGAAGGUUUAGUUAUGGUGAAAAUGGUGUUCAAUUUCUGCAUAAAUAAUAAAUAUAUAUAAAGUUAUAUAUAUGGCUCAUGCUCACAGUAACAGUAAUAAUGACUAUGCAAAUGCUACUGUUACUGCUACUGGUGAUAACCAACAGAAGUUGACAGCAACGUUUCAUGAUUUUCUUGGAACAAAAGGCCAAAAUCCUGCUCCGGUAGCCGGAGGCGGUGGCCGUCCAUCGUCGGAGGUGUCUCCAUCAGCUUCUGCCUCCCUUAAUGCCUCUUCUUAUGGUGGCCGUGCACCCAUCUCCACCACUUCUGAUCUGGGCUCCGAAAGACAUGUUGGCAGUCAUUUGGAGGGGAUACCAUUUUAUCGAUCAAGAGGCGAGUUUCCAGGACCCGAUACAAGUAGGUUUGCAGGAACUAAACGAAGUAACUCUGACUCUUUUAUGGUGUCAUCAAAGGAGAAAUUUCCGCAAGUGCGACCAGAAUCACUUGAGAGCUCACAUUUGAUGAAGGUUCAGCUACUGCGACAUGGCGGGGGAGAGCGACCUUGGCUGCCAUGUGAUGAUGACAAAUCCUUUGCUAUGCAUCAAAUGAGACCAAUUUCGGCCUCUCUUAUAUCUCAAUCUUCUAGUGGCGGUAACUCCAAAUGGGAUCGAGCUAUUCCAAUGGAUCUUGGACCGACAUUACAGUAUCCUCCACGUGCUGGUCAAGUUGUACCAUUUGGGCACCAAACUCCAUCAAAUAGGUUUAAAGAUACGAAUCCUGGUCCUUCUGCCAUAUCACGAACAGCUGCUGAUGAAGGAUCUAGGACUGGAAUUAAAGGGUCUGGAAUUUUGAGUUCUAUCAAUGCAACUGGAGGUGUUUCUGAGAGACAACCUUCGGGAGUGCUCAUACGUACUGAUAAACAGAAGUCCACUCUUCACAUUUCGGAGCCAGAAUUGUCUGCUACACCCAGUCGACAAAGAAUAGAAUCGGCCAGUCGCCAAAUGACUAUAUUUUAUGGCGGUCAAGCCCAUGUUUUUGACAAAGUUCACCCCGAUAAGGUCUGCUUUCUGCACUUUUUUGAUCAACCGUUUGACUGAUACAUACCUGAUCAA